UCGAAGAAUUAAAGAAACAAUAUUGUUGGGUGGCAGUAGAAGUGGGUAAAGUUUGACUUGAAAUUGAUCAGGCCAUGUACUUGGCAUUGCCUUAAAAAAGAGUUUGUCAACAAAGCGAAGACAGUCAGCCAGAAGAAGUCACACAGAGUGAGAAAGCUCAAAACAAUGGCCGAUUCAAAAGUAGAGACGAUCUCAAGACUGGCCCAAUGGAGAAUCGAGAAUUUCGGCCCUUGCUCUUACAAAAAGUCUGAUCCUUUCAAGCUCGGAAUUUGGAAUUGGCAUUUUUCUAUAGAGAAGAAUCGGUACCUCUACAUUCGUUUGUUUCCAGAGCCAUCACGGGUGUCCAAAGAACAGCCUCCUCUUGCUCGCUUUGUUCUUAGAGUCUCUAGUUCCGGCCCUGGCCGCAGACCCUACAUCUCCCCUGUUCAUGAAAGAUUGCUUCGCACAAGUGAAGACUUUGUCUGGCCUCUUGAUUCCACCUUCCUUGGUCGCUUCAUCAUUGAUGUUGAGUUUCUCGACUUGAAGAUAUGCCCUUUAAAUGGUGGGGAAGCUAGUCCUGUAUGGCCUGCUGAUGGAUUGAUGCAAUCCGUAUCAACCCAAAGCACUCUCCGAUGCCUCUCUCGCAUGCUUGAUGAGGGCAUCCAUGCUGAUGUCACUAUCAACACUGCUGAUGGCACUUUAAGAGCUCACAAAGCAAUUCUUUCUGCAACUUCUCCUGUGUUCCAAAGCAUGUUCAAUCACGACCUUAAGGAAAAAGAGUCCUCCACAAUCCACAUAAAAGACAUGUCCCUGGAAUCUUGUAUGGCUCUUCUGAGUUACCUGUAUGGAACCAUUAAACAAGAGAAUUUCUGGAAGCACCGGUUGGCACUUCUAGGUGCGGCGAACAGAUAUGACAUUGCAGACCUAAAAGAUGCCUGUGAGGAAAGCCUUCUGGAAGAUAUUAACUCCACAAAUGUCCUUGCAAGACUGCAAGAGGCCUGGUUGUACCAGCUGAAUACGCUGAAGAAAGGAUGCUUGAUGUACUUGUUUGAUUUUGGCAAAAUAUACGAUGUCAGAGAUGAAGUAAACGACUUUUUCAGGCAUGCAGACAGGGACUUGAUGAUGGAAAUGUUUCAAGAGGUGCUUACUGUUUGGAAGCCUGUAUAACUUUCUUUUUAUGGAGUUCUUACCGUCAUGUGCAGUCUGGUGAUUGAUAAUUGUAUAUAGUGUUUGGUUCAAGUAUCCUCUGAGAUUAUCUGUGUGGUUUAAUGGUGCUGUUGUUCUCCUAUGUAUGAUAAAAACAAUUACGAUCCCAGGUGACCUGUUUGGCAUUCGGUUUCGAGUU